AUGUCGCUCUCGAACCCCAGCUCGUGGGUGGCGGCGGAGCUUCGGAAACACGCUUCUCCUUUAUCGCCCCCCGCGGGCCCUGUUUUCCAACCUCCUAGGAAGCGGCUCCGUCUGGAGGAGCCGGGGGCCGUCCCUGAGGCGGGCUGGAGGCUGCCUUUGGUGCCUCGGUUGUCUGAGGUGGAAAAAGCCUGGGAGUUGACACCCUGUCGACCCCUCACCGAGCUUUUCCUCUCGGCCGACGUGCUGUUUGGUAACGCCACUGAAUCAAGUGGGGGGACCUCAGUCGCUGGGGCGCCCAGAUGUGAGGUGGGCAGGCGCGAGAGCCGACGCCAGGGGAGCCCUCGUUGGCGGUCCCUCCCUACGCGGGGUUUCGGUCCUGUCAGAGCUUCCAGAAGGUUUUCUGAGGCAGGAGACGAGUUCCGCGCGCCAAGCAGUGUUAGAUCCGAAGCGGGAGGUCGCCAGCCUCUGCCCAACGCUCCCCUCACACGCGCGCUGCUUGAAGUCAAAGGCGGAAAAGGAUCUGCCGCCCAGGAGAGAGACACUAGUCAGAAAGUCCGUCGGUGUCUGAAGCGGACCCCCAGUCCACUUUUAGAUGUUCCCUUUUGUAAGAAAACUCAGGCAGAAUCUCGCGAAAUUCGGAACAGGUGUCAAGCUGGCAGGGUUACGCCAUCAAAUAAUGAAAAUAACACUUCAGUAUUUCCACUAAAAAUAGCGAAACGGCCAAAUCUGCCCAGCGUGGAAAUUGCCAAACCCGGCUAUUUUGGAGAUAGCAGUCCAAUAAGUAUUAUCCCCGAGUUUCCAACGGAUUUAAAUAGCAGAAUGUCCUCUGUCUAUUUAGAGGAAAUGGCAAGGAAAAAGAAUGACAUAAAUGAGGCAUAUGUUAGGGGUUUCACAAACAUUUACUGGUCCCAAAAUAGACCUGAUGCUAAGCAAAAGUUACAGGAUGAUAACAAAAGUGUGGCUGCAGAAAAUAUUUUCCCCAAAUGUUAUGAAAGUAACCCCCAGUCACUCAGCAACCAAAACACUUGUGUGAGAAAAAAAGACUUGAUCAGUUUAAACUACUACAACCAAAGCAGAUUCAAUUCUGAUACAAGACACCCCGGGAAGAAAGUCACUAUAAUACUCGAAAAUGAAAAUUGGGAAGAAUUAGUAACCUAUCUAGACUGUUACAUGUUUACCACUAUGUUAAAAAACUUUCAAACACUAGAGACUGGGGAUUAUAACACUAGAUCCAUUUUCAUAAAAAACAGAGAAAAUUGUAUCAUGAAUAAUUAUGGGGCAAAAUACCAAAAUAUGAAAAAAACUGGAGAAAACUUUGGUUUUCUGCAGUUAUUAGAAGUAGAUCCUUUAAGUACAGAUUAUUACAAUGUAAAAGUCGUGAAAACUUAUGAAGAACAACCAAAAUCUCUCAUGAUUGGAAUGCAGAGUAGCCAAAAAACUUUAAUACUUUAUUUUUGGUUAAAUGGCAAAGAAGAAAAUGAUAAUAUGGUGCAGUUAAGAUAUAAUACUACUCAAAAAGACUUUUAUUUGAGUAGCAUUUUUGAAAGUUUUAUCACGGAAAUUUUUUGUUUUUAUAAAAGCAUUUUAGGAAUUCAAAAUAAUAAUAACAUUUUAACUUGGUAUGAAUUUUUGACAUGUAAAAAGCAAGUUGGUGUUCAAAAUUUGGUAACUAGAAAUAUGAAUGUAAAUAGAAGGCACAGUAUUUUUGAGUUAUGUUUACAAACCAAUGUUUCAGAACGUCUAAAGUUCAUAUUGAAAACGAACAUAGAUUCUUUGCUCAAUAAUACUGACAUUUCAACAGUUGCUGAAAGUGAUUCUAAAUUAGGACAGGCAUACAUUUCCAAAUGGAUAGUGCAUUUAAACUAUCCAAAAAAUGUAGUGGAAAGUCAUACUAUAUAUCUAGAAAGAAUUUUAAUGUUUUCAAAACUCUUAGAAGAUACCUUAAAACCUAUGUUAGAAAAAAGAAAGCUGUUUAAAAGUGAAAAUGUUUUUGAAAAGUCUAACGAUAAAAAGUUUGAUUCCUCCAGUAUGACAACUGAAAUUAUACAUUUUCCAGUUUUUGAAACAUAUAAAAAAUUUCCUCUCUUAAUGAACUUCAAUGACAACAUGAAUGGAAUGUGUUUGACAAAAGAAAUAGCUUAUAACAAUAACAGUUGUCCUGAACAACUCAUGUUUUUGGGAAAUGGACCUCACUGUAUUACCAAUGCAGUUAAAACAUAUGUUCAGUUUGAUUCUCAAUCAAUACAGCAUGUUAAUGAAAAUUGUUAUGAAAUAAAUAUGUACAGUCAAGAUUUAGCUAUUGAAAGAAAACAUGAAUCUAAUAAGAUGAGUAGCUUUACUUUUAAAUGCAUGUCUGAUGAUAACUUCAAUAUUAGGCAACAGGCUAUACCAAAAGAUCAGGACAUAAAUUUUAGAGAAGAAAUCAAUUUGACCCCCAUAACACAAAUAGUACAUUUUGGGAACUUACUAAGUGAAAAUGAAGGGAAAGAAUAUAACUUAAUUUUGAAGGAGGAAGAAAAAGUCACAGCACUUCUUGUUCAACAAGAUAGUAAGAUAGGAAAGGAAGAGAAAAAUGCUUCUUCUUCAAUGAGUGGCAUGUUUCCUGUGCAAUCAGUUUUGUUAAUGAAUAAAAAAGUAUGCAAGGAAGAAACUAAUAGAUACAUUGAUCAGAAUAAUGUAACUGAUGAUAAUGAAUAUGAAAGCAUUUUGCAAGAAAGUGAGUUAGCAAAUCCAAAGCACUUUUAUCCAAAGAAUGACUCUACAGAAAGUGAGAAUUAUCAAUUUGAUUUGAAUGUAGCAAACAAAGAAUGUUUUCAGGACUUAACUGCCAAGUGUUUAUCAACAGAAGCUCUGACAAUAGUCAAAGAUUUUGAGAUGAAAAGUAAAUUUGAUUUAGUACUUGAAGAACUUCGUAUGUUUCAUGAAAUUAGUAAGGAAAAUGAAAUUCUAAACACUGCAGAAACAAACAAUGGGCAAGAAAAUUACUCUGGAGAAAAUAAUAACAUUGAGGAGGUGAAAAUGAAGAUAAAAGAAGAUUUGAAAAUGGGUACUGUCAACAAAAUAUGUACAUCUUCUUUCCACUGUGAUAAUAGAGUAGCUUCUUCUCUGCACAAAAGACAUCAAAGUUUAUUUAAAUGGAAAGUAGUACCUGAAAAAGGAGAACAGGAAGUUCCUGAAGAAUAUUACAGUCCAAGGACAUCAGAGCAAGAAUUAUUCUAUCCCACUGAGGAAGUUGGUGCAAACUCUUCAGCAAAAAGACCUGCUUUGGUUUCUAAUGAACUUAAUGAAGAAAAAUUUCAUCAUUCAUUCAAAGGAGGUAGUAGUUUCUCAAACGGAAUUUCCAGAGUGUUGCCUCUUAAGACAUGCAGUCGACCAAUCAGAAUUGGUUUGUCAAGAAAAGCCAAGCUUAAACAACUUCAUCCUUAUUUGAAAUAA